CUUCUUUGACAAAAAAAGGCAAAAAAACUUCAAAACUUUAAAAUUGCAGAUUAGAUGAUAGAAAGAACGAUUCGAAUGUAAACACAAGGUUCAAGAACAAAUGCAAAUGUCGAAGCACGGAUGAUGAUAAAAAAAAAAAAAUAUAUAUAUCAGCACACGAAGGAAUUGAAAAGAAGAGUUUAUUUUUAAAUAUUCGUGGAACUGUUUAGAGAAGAGAAGAAUUUUAUUCUUGCAGUUUAGAAUUGAAAGCUAUGUAUCUAUCUACGUAUACUCUAGUCACACGUUUUGGUCUAUUGAAAUUUAAAGGAAGAAGUUUUAAAAAGAAAAGAAACGGUGAAAUUUAUCUGGUAUAUCAGGGAACACGGAAGAGGAAGCAGAAAGCAGUCAAGCAAGAGAUAGCUGAGAUUUCUAUUAUAUAAUAUAUAUAUAUAUAUAUUUUGAUUAGAAAGGGAGAGAAUUAGAUUUUAAAAAUUUAAUUGAUUCAAGAUUUCACGUCCUCCCAAUAUUCAAGGAUCAAACUUGUUCUAUGUGAAGAUUCGUAUUGGAUACGAAUGAUGAAAGUUGCAGAACGUGAUACAAUGAUAUUGUUCAUAAUUAUUCGAAUUAUUUUACGCGACUCUAUAAUAUUUUAUAUUUAUAUUGGAAUAACACGAUAAAAUUUAUGAAAAAUUUAUACGUAUAUAUAUAGUAUGUGCACAAGAUCUAAAUUGUAAAUUUGAAUCGGUGUAAGAAAAAUCCUUGGAUGUAAGAAUUAUCAGAUUUAUUCACGUAAUAACUUCUGGCACUAAAUUCUGAUUGAUGGAAUAAUCGAUUAUUUGAAUAAUUGUGAACAAUCGAUUAUUGUACGGCAUUACGAAUACGGAUAUAUUUUAUUGAAAUUUCAUUAAUUUAUUAAGCGUGUAUGCGUUUAUUGAAAGAGAACUUUACGUUUGCUUUUUGUUGAAAAACAAGUACUUAAACGCGAAAGGACGGAAACGAAUAAUUUUAUAGUAGCGUUUCUUCGGUUACAUUGUUCAUUGUUGGUAAUAUUACUCACGCCUCUUUUUUACUCAUUCAGACUUUACCGUCUGUGAACAAGCGAUUAAAAAAUCCGUCUUCUUUUUUUCCUUAUUACAUUUAUCGAAUAUAACGAUUUUUUCUACGCGCUUUUUAUAUUAUACGCUAGUACGACACGAAGAAGAAAAAAAAAAAAAUGAAGAUGAAAAUCGGAUCACGAUUAUUUUAUAUAAGUAUGUAUGUGUGUGUAACAAAACGAUCGUAGCGUAAGUUUAAAGAAAGUAUUUAUAUUAGGAAUAGGUUGAAUUGCUAGUACAAUUUUCGCGCUCGAAUAACAAUCGGUUAAUUAAAUCGUUGCUAACAGUUAACAAAUUACGGGUGAGUAACCAAAUGCACCGUUUUUGUUUUUUUUUUUUUUUUUUUUUUUAAUACAAUAACAAGAUAAAUAACAAGGAAUAAGAUUUUUAUGUCAAAACGAAAACCGCUACAAAAUCUGCCGAAAUGAUAACGUUUAAUAUCUAAUCUGAUGAAAAGCGAUUUCAUCACUAUUUAUUCUCUGGUUCUCGAACGAAUACCAAAGUGAAAAAAAUCGGACCGAUUAGCAAAGAGAUACGAACCAAACUAAUUGUAAUAACCGCUCCUAAUAACGUAACAAAUUGUCUAUGUUUUGAACUGUAUUUUUGCAAGUGCAAUAAUAAAGUUAUGCUUGUACAAAAUACGACCUGUAAGUACCUAGCGUGCCGUCACUUUUACAACUAUCAUCUCCCCUGGUACUCCUUGAAAACAGUCAUGAUUCACCAGUUUUGCUUCAUUUUAUUGAAAUGACAAGCAAACGAAUAUCACCUCGUUCACGUUAUAAUUAUACUUCAUACCGCAUCACACGAACUUCAAGAAAUAAUGUUGCGUUCCGUGAAUCAUUUGCCGCGAUUUAUCGCGAGGAGUAAUCGAUUCCCUUCGCAAAUCCAGUAUCUGAGGCAGGAAAAACGUGGUCGGUAUUUUCACGUGAACUUCAGUCCAGGUCAGGAAAAAGUGCAAUGUGGUACAGACACGAAUAAUUAUCCCGUGAUCGAUCAUUGUUACGAUGUUGUGGUUGUGGGCGCGGGUGGUGCAGGAUUGAGAGCCGCCUUUGGUCUAGGAAGCAAAGGGUACAGAGUGGCGGUGGUUACGAAAUUAUUUCCAACGAGAUCCCAUACCGUGGCAGCUCAGGGAGGAAUAAAUGCCGUGCUUAACAACGAUAAGGAUGACAAUUGGCUUUAUCACAUGUACGAUACCGUUAAAGGAUCUGACUGGUUAGGUGAUCAGGAUGCGAUACAUUUUCUGGCGAGGGAGGCAGCACGGGCCGUCUACGAGCUUGAAAAUUACGGCUGUCCUUUCAGUCGUACGGACGAUGGAAAAAUUUACCAGCGUGCAUUCGGUGGCCAGUCGUUGAAGUUUGGAAAGGGCGGUCAAGCCCGUAGAACUUGCGCCGCCGCGGACAGAACCGGCCACGCAAUACUGCACACUUUAUACGGGCAAAGUUUACGUUAUGACGUCCAUUAUUACGUGGAGUACUUUGCCCUUGAUCUUCUCAUGAUAGGACGGUGUUGCAAGGGCGUAAUGGCAUGGGAACUGGAAUCCGGGCUUUUGCAUCGAUUCAGGGCUCAUCAUACGGUAUUAGCAACAGGAGGAGCGGGAAGAUGUUACCUGUCUUGCACCGCGGCUCAUACAUGCACAGGAGAUGGUCUUGCGAUAGCCUCGAGAGCAGGAUUACCCCUUGAAGAUAUGGAGUUUAUCCAGUUCCAUCCAACCGGGAUAUACGGGAGCGGAAUUUUGAUAACGGAGGGCGUCCGAGGGGAAGGUGGAAAGUUGGUGAAUUCUCAAGGAGAAUUCUUUAUGGAACGAUACGCUCCUAACGCGAAGGAUCUUGCAUCUCGUGAUAUCGUCUCCAGGGCGAUAACGAUGGAAAUAUUGGAGGGAAGAGGUGUAGGUUUGAAGAAGGAUCAUGUGCAUCUGCAAUUGCAUCAUCUACCAGUAGAAACGAUACGAACACGAUUACCCGGAAUUUCACAUUUAUCUUGGGUGUUUAGCGGCGUGAAUGUGGAAAAAGAGCCGAUACCAGUUAUUCCUACGGUACAUUACAACAUGGGCGGUAUACCCACAAACUGGAAAGCGCAGGUUCUAUCGCGUGAGAACGAGGAGGACACCAUUAUCGAUGGACUCUGGGCAGCAGGUGAAACUGCAUGUGUAUCCAUCCAUGGCGCCAAUCGAUUAGGCGCCAACAGCCUUUUGGAAUUGGUCGUUUUUGGCAAAGCAAUUGCCGAUCAAAUUGAUUGUUUGACUAGGCCUGGUGAACGUCACGAGGAUUUAUCAACUUUGAUUGGCGAGGACACUAUUUGCCGUUUCGACGCGACACGUCAUGCAAAAGGUUGUGUUCCUGUAGUCGAACUACGGGAAGAAAUGCAGCAAACUAUGCAGAAAUAUUGUUCAGUAUUCAGAACCUGCGAUACAUUACAACGAGCAUGUCGCGAGAUGACGCGACUUUAUACCUGCGAUUUGCCGGAUCUAUGUGUUCAAGAUCAAUCACUAAUAUGGAACACAGAAUUGGUAGAAGCUAUAGAAUUACAAAAUAUGAUGUUGUCUUGCAUGCACAUCGUUUACGCAGCGGAAAACAGAAAAGAGUCUCGAGGAUCGCAUGCCCGUGAAGAUUACAAAGAACGAAUCGACGAGUAUGAUUAUGCGAAACCGCUCGAAGGUCAAAAGAAACGAUCGUAUAAAGAACAUUGGCGCAAACACACACUUACGUGGGCUCGACCAGAUGGUUCAAUCAGCAUUUCUUAUCGUCCCGUUAUCGAUACGACACUGGACGAAUCAGAAGCCCGACACGUUCCACCAACAGUUCGAAUAUAUUAAAUACGGUUAUGAAACUGGUAGAUUUUUUCCAAUCUUUUUCCUCGUUUUUUUCGUCUUGGUUCUAUUCUAUUUUUUAAAUUAACGCAUUAUCAAUGGCUAACAUUGUUCGUGUUAGUGUGGCUGAUAAUUUAAAUAUGAGCUCAGUUCGUUAUCUCGAAAUUACAACGACAAACAUAUAGAUUCGUCGUUUUGUAGAAGGUUCGUGAAUUCCAAAUGCAAAUUUUGUUCAUCGCGUGCAAACGAUGUUACAAUAAUUAAUUCUAAACGGAGGCGGGGAUUUAUCCAUUUUAUUUACAUAUUAAAUA